UUAUUAAUGUCUUUAUCAUUUAAUGAUAUAUUAUAUGACAAAAACAUUAAUAAUUUAGAACAAUAACGGUGAUGCAGAGAUUAAUUAGUUGAAAUUGAUGAUUAAUGGUGACGGACAAAGUACGUACAGUUUCAAUUGUCUUCUCUGCUGCUAGUAUUAUUCACAUAACCUAAUUAGUAAUAAAUAGUUGGUGCACUUAAUCAAUAACAGAGACAAUCUGGCCGCAGAAGUAACCUUUAACAUGCAAAAUGUAUAAAAUUUGUAGAUUCGGACAUUGCAUAAACUCAUCUCGUUCUAAAUUGGCAUAUCUCGGUGGGCAAAAUUAAUUUUAAAUGGAAAAAAAAAUGUAGGAAAUUGCAUCAGCCAGAAUACGAGUGACAAGAUGACGAUUAAGUAAUAAACACAUAUUAUUUUAAAUUUUGUUAUGAAGUAAUUAGAAAAACAUUGCAUACUAAAAGAGUUUUUUCUAGUCAAUUUCAAAGAAAAGGUUGAGAAACACUAUUCUAAAUAUGUCCUAUCCAUUUGCCCUUGGAAGAGAGUGUUGGAGGGCCUCAGUAAGGUCUCCAGUAUAGAAUCAAAAUUUGUUAGGAGGACCAUAAAUUUAUAUAGCUUUGAUGCAUGAAAAUAGAUUUUUUUUCUUCCCCAAAUAGUCUAUGCAGGGGACGAGUGUCAGUGAUUUGUCAGGGAAUUUUUUUUAUACCUAAUGGAAUUUUGCAAUGUUAUUAAACACCUCUACUGUUUUAUCUUUAUGUAUUUAUAUUCAUUAUAACUGUAUAAUUUAAAAUGAUGGCUAAAAGUUUUCUGUGUUUAUCCACAUAAAGCCGAUUGUAAUUUUAUGUUUGAUUAGUUAUGAACCAGUUUUAACUGUUUAAUAUAAUGCUUGCAUCAAGGAACUUGCAUUGUUUGGAACAUAAGAGAUCCUGUACUAUUUGUUCACUUCAUUUUUUAUUUUAUACUUUACAAAAUACCCGUCAGGAAUUUCUGUUGAAUCUCAUAAUGGAAAUCAUCCGUCAUGGAGAAAUUUAACAUGCAAGCAAAAUUUGAAUGGCCAAUUUGUCAAUGUCUUUUACUACUAGAAAUAUUACAUUUUAAGGAUAAAUAUAUAUAUAUUUUUUUAAAUAAAACAAUUCUGUUAAUUAAUGUAACAUAAAUUUCGUGUGUGCACCUGCAUAUAAACAUGCUAAAAGGCUCAAAUUAACUGUAUUAAUUUAAGUUAAUAAGCAAUCCUUUGUGUAUAAUGACGCUAAAGUUUAUAUUAAAUAUAUAUUUUCCUUAUAGUGGAAAUUUCUAAAGUUUCCGGUGUGUAAGAUUAUACAUAGUUUGUUUUUUGCCUGUAUUUUUUAUUUCUGUAAUAUGUUUGAAUAAUGUGUGCAUGCACAGAACUAGCUUUGUGGGUUCAUGACCUGUGCUUUUACACAGGCCCCAGAACUAAAGGGUCCCUACACUUUGUUAAUGCUCACCCCUUAGUGUCUUGGAUCCUAUGUUUAUACUCUGCACUGGAGCCUGUUUGUGUGCAUGGAUAAUCUGAAUUAUAUCAUAAAGGUGUAUAAGGUUGCUUCUUUCAGAUAUAAAAAAUUACAGUUAAUUACAUAUAAAUCCAACUUUUUCUCAUUCAGAAUGAUAUUUUAGUGUACAAAAUUCAUCGAAUAAUUAUUCUGUUCUGUAAUUCGAGUGCUAAUUACCAUAGUGUAAUCCAAUUUCUGCUUUCUCUCUCUCUCCACUCAAGUUAAUCACAAUAAUCAUCCAAGUUCUUGAAUAAUUAUAUAGAGAUUUGCUAAUUUUAUUUUUAAUGUUUCUCAUUUAUUUUAGCUUACAGCAGAACAUUAUUAUUAUUAUUAUAGAGUUUGUACGCCUCUACAGUUUGUGCUCAGUAGCUCGUGAGUCCCUUCCCCCUGUAGUAAUUCAUUAAACCCGUCUCUUAGAUGUCGUGUUACUACACUGUUUCGUAUCUCGGUUAUAUUUGGAUGUGAUCUCACGUGACAGUCGGAUUUCUCCUGUGUUUAAACAUCUCCCUAAGCUAAAAUUCGUAUUGAAUCAAUGUUAUACAGAUGCUGAAUGUUUACGGCUUAUCGGCGCUAAACUUCAACCUUGACUCGAUAAACCGUUUUGUUGGGUUGAUAAAUUGAUUUCAGAACACUGGGAAACUUUUGUGAUUUAUUUAUUUAUUAUCGGUUUGUUAAUACACUUGCAGAUAGCGUGGGGGGUUCGAAACGGUCUGGGAUUAUCGCCGACGGACCUUGGCCCCUUUGUCUAUAUGUAUCAAGGCCUGGCGUAAUUAUUUAGAACGUUGGCAUUGUUUACACGAAAAAUGAAAUUUUCGACAGAAACGUUUAAUAAGUCAAGGUAAAUGAAUGAAUUCUAUGAACCCUUUGUGACGUUACGGAACUGUGAAAAAGGUUCGAAUGUUCUGCAUUGUUUAGAGGAGAAAGGAGCCAAUUGAAAAAAAAAAAAAAAAAAACUUUCCUCCCCCUCGGCGCGUGAUUUAUGUAGUCGGGAUUUUCGGGAAUUACUUCCGAUUCAAGUGAUGGUGUGGUGGUACUGUUGUGUAUAUUUGAUUUGGGGCGAGGGGAAAUCCGUUUUCUGUGAGAUUUCUUGAUCGAUUGCUGUUUGAUUGCGAGGUUAAACGGGGCUCUUGGAUGCGAUUUUCAGCACUUGGCACAGAUUUUUUCGGUUUCUGGAACGUUACACCUUGGCAUCAGUGACAUAAAUUACGCGCGCGGCGUUCGGAAGAUCGUUACGUUUUACUCUGUCGGCACUAAUUGGCGAGUGCCUUUAUUUUCGGUCGUAUCUGGCGCUUUUUUUUUCUUCGUGCCCGUCUGUCUGCAGUCCGAGUGGGUCAAACGUAGACCACCCGCAACGCCCCCCACCCGGGUGUGCCUCGAGAGGGUCAUCGACCUCCUUCACUGGAGCAGACUGGGUAUUGAUCUGGUGCGUCGCCCACCCCGCUGUGACGGAAUGGUACUGCCCGAGUUUUUCUCGUCCGUCCCCCUUCUCUCUCUCCUCUCCCGCUUGGCUCGGUGUGGGGGUCGCGCGCGUGCGCAGUGGCAGUUUCGCCUUUCAUUCAUUGCUCGGAAAGUCUGCACUGUGAACAUAUUGUGUGCUUUUGUCAGCAUGGAACAAUGCAAGUGCAGCCUGUGAUCCUGUGGCCCUGUUGGUUUGCUUUAGAACCCUAUCCGCAUCCGUCGACAUAUGCUGCUUCGUCCACAUGGUCAGCAUCGAUGGACACCAGGUGUAAAGAACCGAGCUAUCCGAUACCGUUUGUAGUGGCAGCCUAUUCGGGUUUUGGUCUAUAUCUGCACGAUGAACCUAGUCUGAGACAAUCGAGGAGAGCCAGUAGAAGACCCGUCAGGUCUGCCAAACCGAGGAAUCGCUAUUUGGUGUACCGACCCGUACCGCCUUUCUACACCCCUCACUGGUUGGUCAACAUGGGACAGAAAGGAUCUACGGGAAUCAAACCCAUAAGUCGAGAGACGUCGGCACCCUGCCAUUCUCACCUACCUAGAGAUCUGAACUUGGGACAGGAAUUGCCCAGACCGGCCAGAUUGGACAUGCUCUUGGAUAUGCCGCCGUCCAAUCACGAUGUACAGGUGAAGCAUGCAUGGAAUUCCGAGGACCGUUCUCUAAACGUAUUCGUCAAAGAAGACGAUAAAUUAACAUUUCACAGACAUCCCGUUGCCCAGAGUACGGACUGCAUAAGAGGAAGAGUGGGGUACACUCGUGGUCUUCACGUAUGGGAAAUUCACUGGAGUACCAAACAGCGAGGGACACAUGCAGUGGUUGGUGUGGCAACCAGAGAUGCUCCUCUACAUUCUGUCGGUUACCAGUCCUUAGUCGGUAGUAAUUCCGAAUCUUGGGGCUGGGAUUUGGGACGUAACAAAGUUUAUCACGACACCAAAAAUUGUCCCGGACAAGUCUAUCCAAGCCUACUGAAAUCUGACGAGACAUUUAUUGUGCCAGAUAAUUUCCUCGUUGUUUUGGACAUGGAUGAGGGCACUCUAGCAUUCGUCGUAGAAGGCCAAUAUCUGGGAAUAGCAUUUCGUGGUUUGAAAGGAAAGAAACUUUAUCCUGUUGUCAGUGCCGUCUGGGGUCAUUGUGAAAUUACCAUGAAAUAUAUUGGAGGAUUGGACCCUGAACCAUUACCAUUGAAGGAAGUCUGUAGAAGAGUGAUAAGACAGCAGAUAGGCAAAGCAAGACUACAUCGUAUACAUGAGCUUAACCUUCCAACGGCACUUAGAAGUUAUCUUUUAUAUCAGAAUAGGAGGUAACAAUGCCAACGCAUAUUAAAUGGAGUAAUCAUUGAUUACUAAAUUCCAAUGCAAUUCCAAUGACAUUUUUGUCCAGAAGUGGCACACUGGUAUUACAUACAUGUUACAUAUGCAGAUACAUAACAUAUAUAUAUAAAGUGCCAAAAAAAAAAAAAGAAAUUUACUUUCCACCAUUAUUCCUUGCAUGCCAUCUUCUGCUCAUUCUUUAA